AUGACGAGGGAGAUGAAUAUGAGGGUGGCGGCAGCGGUUUUCCUUGGGGAGUGGGGGUGGGAGGCGGUGGAUAGGAGGACGGAGGAGGAGGAGGAGGAAGCGCGGAGAUCGUCUUCGAGUUCAUUAGUUGAGAUUGAAAGUGAGGUUGUUAGAGUGGAUUCUGGAUCAGAAGCCAUUAGUGUAAAGGUAGAAGAAGAAGAAAAAGGAAGAUUCUACGCCACUUCCAUCUCCAUUCUAACAAGCAAUCUAAUUCUGAAAAACCUCAUCUCUCCCGUCUCCACUCCAUCCACCGCAGCGAAUCUGCCCCACCGUGCCCGGCGUCUCCAUCCCUCCACGGCUCCACCUCUUCUCUCCCGUCUCCAUCCCUCCACCUACCGUGGCGAAUCUGCCCCACCGUGCCCGGCAUCUCCAUCCCUCCACCCACCGCCGCGAUCUGCCUAUAACCCUACCGCGAUUCGUCGCGCCGGCACCCAUCAUCUUCUCUCCCGUCUCCAUCCCUCCACCCACCGCCGCAAUCUGCCCCACCUUGCCUGGUCCCGCCCACCGCCGCGAUCUGCCUCGCCGUCUCCAUCCCUCCACCCACCGUGCCCGCCCCUCGCAGCGAUCUGCCCCACCACGCCCCGCCCCUCCCACCGCCACGAUCUGCUUCACCAGCUUUUCCUUUCUCCCACCGCGAUUCGUCGUCCAGCCUCAAGUGACUAUCAUUUCUCUGACCUUCCCCUCCCCACCGCCAUCAGCCAUGCAGUUGUCAUCGGCUCGGGUCCAGCGAACUGCCGCUGUACUCCAAAACUCGGCGAGGGCUGUCGUUCAACCUUGCCUCCCCUUCCUGAAGACUCACCGUUGUCCUUGUGCCGUCAUCUGCUCGACGAACAAGGCAGCCACCCCGGGCUCUCACAAGUGAAAGGAGAGUCUCACACAGACAGCUACAAUUGCAAGAUAAGGACGAGCCCACGAUGGAAGGUCGCUUGCUCGAUGCCACCAAGGGAUGUGACCACUUGAGAGAUGUUUUUGUCAAACAAAUGGGUCUGAGCGACCAGGAUAUUGUAGCAUUCUCUGGUGGCCACACUUUGGGAAGAUGCCACAAGGAACCAUCAGGAUUUGAGGGACCAUGGACUGCUAACCCUCUCAUCUUUGAUAACUCUUACUUCAAGUAUGAUUUCAGAUAGAUGCAUAUUCUGUUGCUGCUGCUGCUGCUGCUGCUUGUGUGUUUGUUUACAUUUGCUUCUCAUUUGGUUUCGCACAGGAAGCUUCUAGCCGGCGAAACAGAAGGGCUUUUGCAGUUGCUAAUUAAAGUUAUAGUUAAUGUGUCAUUUAUUUCUAUCCUACUUCAAUGUUUCUUGAACAUAUUUAUAUUAAUUCAUUAUCAUUUGGUUAUUCAA